AUCUCGCUCCGACAUGACCCGCUGCCAUUCCUAACGCUACGCGUAUUUUUGUUCCAUUCACACCCUCUUCGUUAUAACUUCGAUGAAUGAUGGACAACAAAGUACAAACGCACAAAUUACAACCGUCAAAAAACUCGAAAUCCUGAGCAAUAGGAAGUAGGAUUUGAGACUCGCCCAGUACUAUUGCAUCAAACUGGUUUCUGAAUCUAUAAAAAUUGAUCGAAUCUUUCUUCAUUUCAUUUUUGGGUACUUAAAAAGUUAAGAAAAAGAAAGAGAUGACAGUGAACCAGGCGACGGCGUUGAAGGUGGGGUUGGGUCUAUUGGGUCUGUGUUUGUUUGGCUACAUAGUGGGUCCACCUCUUUACUGGCAUUUCAUGGAAGGCUUAGCGGCCAUCAGUCACACCUCCACCACUUGUCCACCUUGCGUUUGCGAUUGCUCUUCCCAGCCUCUUCUCACAAUCCCUGAAGGGCUGAGCAAUGCUUCCUUUUCAGAUUGCGCAAAGCAUGAUCCUGAGGUGAGUGAGGAUACUGAGAAGAGCUUUGUAGAACUUUUGACAGAAGAACUGAAGCUAAGAGAGACUGAAGCUUUGGAAAGUCAGCAACGUGCAGACAUGGCACUACUUGAGGCUAAGAAGAUAGCAUCACAGUAUCAAAAAGAAGCAGACAAGUGUAAUUCAGGUAUGGAAACAUGUGAAGAAGCAAGGGAGAAAGCUGAAGCUGCACUGGCAGCUCAGAAGAAAUUGACAGCAAUGUGGGAACUAAGAGCUCUUCAAAAAGGGUGGAGAGAAGGGGUAUUCAAAUCUCAUACACAAUCAGAGGGUAGAGUCCAGGCUGUCUAAGUGAUCCACCAUGGCCUCAUAGGAAAGUAUUUCUUUUUCCACACUGCUUAUUGCUCUGCAUGUUGAUUCUGGAGUAACUUAUUGCAUCUUACCGCAAAGCGGGCCAUAUAGAUUAUUCAUGAAUUCCAGAGUUAAUCCUAUACGUGUAGUCUGGUUCUUGUGAUUUAUCGUAAGCAUAGUUACCCUUGUUCUUAUGGAGCCACUAGAAACAACCACCUGCUUGGAAAGGCCAUGUUGGAAUUAUGGGUGAAUGUUGCUCUUUUAAGACCAGUUUAAGUUGCACUCCUGUAAGACUCUUAAAAGUGAUUAUGGUUCAUGUGGGAAAAAAAGAAAAGUGGGAAUAUAAAACUUGUUUGCUAGUGAAAACAUAAACAACUAUGAACUGGAAUUUACUAUCAAUCUAUUGUAAUUUUCUAUCAUAUGGAGAUAUAAUUUUCGACUUUUUAUCUUUGAUAGUGACAAUUGUACUAGAAUUUUCCCUUUUUCCUUAGCCGUUAGGAAUUCUAAUACUGGAGUUUGUGCUUGGGUGCGAAUAAUUUCUUUUUGUACGUUAAAAGGAGUUUUGUUGCCUCCAAAUUUUUUACGUGCGCAAGGAUUUUAAAGUUACGUUUUCAGAGGGACAGUCUCUCCUGCCCUAUAAAUAGGGUUGUAAACGAAUUAAUCCAAUCAAAUGAAUGUAUUGUUGCGGUUUAUUC